AGGAGCAUCAUGAUGAUGGUGAAGAUGCAAGUUGAGAGUGAGGGUGUUGCUGUUAUUUCUAUGUGUAAUCCACCCGUUAAUGCAUUAACUCUUCAAGGUCUUGCAGAACUGAAGAACAAAUACAUGGAAGCAAUGGAAAGAGAUGAUGUGAAGGCCAUUAUCUUGAUGGGUGACGGUGGGAAAUUCUCUGGAGGUUUGGACAUAAAUGUGAUGCGGACUAUGCAGGAAACUGGUGACGUCUCGGUUGUGACAAACAUGUCUCGUGAUCUCGUGAUUAAUGUUAUUGAAGAUGGCAAAAAGCCUUCAGUCGCUGCCGUACAAGGAUAUGCCCUUGGAGGUGGUCUUGAGUUGGCCAUGGCAUGCAGUGCACGUCUUGCUACGCCGGAAGCAAAACUUGGCUUGCCUGAGCUGACUUUUGGGGUCAUUCCAGGAUGUGGAGGCACACAGCGUCUUCCAAGGCUUGUUGGAGUUUCCAAAGCCGUCAACAUGUUGAUGUCCUCGGAGAGUAUAAUGUCGGAAGAGGGGAAGGAAAUAGGGCUGAUUGAUGAAGUUGUGUCAGCGCAAGAGUUACUACGAGUUUCGCUUGCGUGGGCUUUGGACAUAGUCGAGGGACGUAAAAGCCGCACCAAUUCACUCUCCAAAACUGAUAGACUUGCUUCAAUGUCUGAUCUACAUGCCCUCUUCAACACAGAAACUGCCAUGCCCCAUCACAAGGCUUGCCUUGACGUCGUCAGAUAUGGUAUUGUUUCUGGAGGUUAUUGUGGUCUCUCAAAGGAGCAGAAGUUAUUCGAAGAACUGGUGCUCUCAAAUACUGCGAAAGCAUCUGUUCACUUACAUUUUGCUCAACGGGCGACCUCAGAGGUAGCUGGCAUUACGGACGUGGGACUGACGCCACGCAAAAUGAAGAGGGUUGGGGUGAUUGGUGGUGGAUUGAUGGGUUCUUGUAUUGCCACUGCUCUUAUCUUAGCGAACAUCAAUGUUAUACUCAAAGAAAUCAAUACCGAGUAUCUACAAAAAGCUAUAACAAAAAUACAAGCAAAUCUGGAAGGACUAUUAAGGAAAGGGAAGCUUGGACACGAUGAGGUAGUGAAGUCCCUUUCGAUGCUUAAAGGCGUGUCGGAUUACUCGGAUUUCAAAGAAUUGGAUAUGACUAUUGAGGCUGUUUAUGAGGAAGUGUCCCUAAAGCAAUCAGUAUUUGAAGAAGUCGAGAAGAACUGUCCUGAUCACUGUAUCUUGGCGUCAACCACAUCUUCCAUUGAUUUAAAUAUAAUUGGAAAUAAGACCAAAUCGCAGGAUCGAAUAGUAGGAGCACACUUCUUCAGUCCUGCUCAUAUCAUGCCUCUCUUGGAAAUCAUACCGACCGAGAAAACUAGCGCACAAGUGGUUGUUGAUCUUAUAACAGUUGGGAAGGAGCUGAAGAAAGUACCUUUGGUUGUCAAGAACUGCCCUGCUUUUGCUGUUAAUCGCACUUUCUUCCCAUAUACGCAAGCCGCCUAUUUCUUGGCAGAUUUGGGGAUUGAUAUCUUCAGGAUUGACAAAGUAAUCACCACAUUUGGCAUGCCAAUGGGGCCUUUCCAGUUUCAUGACAUAACUGGAUAUGGAAUAGCCCUAGCUGCUAACAAAGAGAUUGACAAAGCCUUCUCAGAUCGUACAUACAUAUCUCCUCUACUUGAUCUUAUAGUCAGCAGUGGCCGAACAGGCAAAAGCAAUGGAAAAGGUUAUUAUCUAUACGAGAAGAGGGGCAACCCGCCGAUUCCUGACCUAUCUGUGCUGCCAAUAGUUGAGGAAUCCAGAAGAAAGAUGAACAUCAUCCCCCAAGGACAGUGUGUGAUGACGCUGAGUGACCAAGAAAUUGUGGAAAUGGUUUUCUUUCCUGUGGUGAAUGAGGCAUGCCGUGUCAUAGACGAAGGGGUUGUUGCUAAAGCUUCAGACCUUGAUGUUGCUUCUGUUCUAGGAAUGAAGUUUCCAUCUCACCUGGGAGGAAUAAUUUUCUGGGGCGACAUGAUAGGACCUAAGUACAUUCAUGAAAGUCUAACCAAGUGGGAAAAGAUGUAUGGUGGCUUUUUCAAACCAUCAAAUUAUUUGGCAGAAAGAGCUGCAAGAGGCAAACUCCUGAGUGAUCCUGCCCCAUCUCCAUAA